CCAGCACGUUGGCAGCCUUUGGCUCGGUCGUUGGCUCGAGCCUCGGCUCGGGCUCAUGAGAGGAUGGCCUGGACGUCGCAGGUGGGCCCCCCGUUCCUGUGAGCUGGCAGGUCGCAAGAAGUCGCGUCGGGAUGGGCUGCCGCUUGACGCUUGGCCCGCGCAUAGCCGUAGACCCAGCCGUUGAGCCUGACAGUGUUAUUCGCCCUGACUCUCCACUGCCUGACAUGAUAGCCCCGCGACGUCGCCCAUGUCUUUUGCAGAGGAUAGCGGCGGGCUUCGCGGUGCACGACGUGAGGGAGCUCAACCGAGGUGGCAUCGCCAUCGGCCUGCUCCUGAUCGUGCGGGCCGCCAGGAGGGAGUUCAGUACGCAGAUGAAGACCAGAAGCAUUCAGAACGCGAUGUCCGGAGGGGGGCACAUUUGGGCAGACCUGUGCGGAGUUCAAGUUCAGCAUGUCCUUCAUCAACAGUCCGAGCUCCAGACCGCCAGCAUCUUCACGUAGAGGUGGUGGUCGGGACGGCCAGCUGGCCAUGUGCGCCUCCUGCUCCUCCCAGUAAGCCACGCCGGUUAGUGAUUGAACCUCGAAGCCCAGAAGAUCGACCAGAGUCACAGAACCCGGUUUGCCACAACAGGUGCUUUUCGGGUGACGGCAGCUCCGGUCAGUGGAGGAGGUUAACCCUAACCGGGGCCCUUUAUCAGAUCAGACGCGCACGCGUGCGGCCGCGGCCGCGGCCGCCGACGCGCACGAGCAGGUCGCCGAGGCGUGGUCGCCGAGGCCCGGCGCGCGGGCCUCCGCGGCCGUCUCGGCGGCCUCUCUGCGCCGAGAAGCGCCUUCGCUGGGGGAGCGAAGGCGCGAGAGCCGAGGGCCCCCUCCUCCUCCUCUCCUCCUCCUCCUCCUCCUCCUCCUCCUCC